AUGAGUGAGCUUCCUUCUGGCUUUCAAGAGGAAGCGGUCUCUCCUGGCCCCGUCGACCAUGUUGACCGCAACCCGGCAUCCCUUGGCAAACCUGGCAAAGACUUGUCGACCGACAAGGCCAUCCCCAAGCCCCCCAACAAAAAGAAGAUCUCGGAAAUAGCCUCGCAAGUUCUUCAGAUAAUUUUAUUCUUCGAUCACGACCACCCUAUUGAUGAUUUGUUUCUGUCUGAUGUUUGUUCAAAGUCGCUUUCCAAGCGCGCCGCACCUUUUCAGAAACAUCACUACAAGAAGGCCUGCUCAGAGCUUCUAGAGCAGGGUUUGAUUGAAGAACGCCUCAAGCAAAACCAGUCAGACGAGUAUGAAAUUCUCUUGAAUGCGUCUUCUCGAUACCCUGCACUCGGUACCAUGUCGCAGGAUCUAGAAUACAAAAUCUACACUGAGAUUAUACGCGCUCUGUCGGCGCAUUGGCCACUGGACUGUCCAAAGCCAAACGACUCCGAGCUGCCGCUGCUAGGGCCCUCGUUCGAGGAUUUGAGACGAGACUGGGAGCAGGAAUGUGCUGAGAUCUACCCGCAUAUUUGCAGCUUAAUGUUACGUUACCCGCGGAAGUGUAUGCCUCCUUUGUCCGACGCGGUGAAGCUGUUGUUCGCAAAGCUUUUGAUGAAAGUAGUCUGGUUCCAAAAGGAGAGCGGGGGAGAGUCAACGGAGAAAUUAGACUCCCUUUGCAAACUGGCGCACAAGAUAUACGAGCAGUCGGGCGACGAGGGGAGCCGCGCCGCACUCGCUGAAGUGUACUCUUGCCGGGGCGCAAUCGCCGUGGAUUCCGGCAACUUCCACGCAAGCGCGUACUACAAGACGAUUUCCUUGAACAUCCUGGUGCAUCUCUACAGGAGACACAAAGACGAAUCCGAGAUGGAGAGACUCGCCCUGGCCUACGCAGAAAGAGGCAUCGCACACGCCCAAGACAAGGAAUUAAGCGAGGCCACGGGACUUUUGUUCUACGCGCGGAGUCUGCGCCAACAGGCUCAGAGAGGCAAAUACAUCCCACGGCCCAGCGACGCGAUUCUCGGCUUCGUCAUGACAGCUCAGGGAGAAAACGAACUGGCCGCCACACUGCUCACAGUUGGCGUGAAGCGUCUGAAGGAACAGAGGUUUACGGCAGGUGGCUUCGGCUUCUACUGGUGCGAGGUGUCGGCCAGGUUAGCGCUGUUUCUGUAUGCCCUUGGAAAUCUGAGAGACAAGCAGGCCGAGAUGGCCAGGAACCUGAAAGAGAAGCAGAACAAGCAGGCCGAGAGCUUGCAAUGCUUCAGAGACUCUUCUGCCAUCUUCAAUCAGUUACAUCAGCUACGGAAGAAACCGAACCCGUACAUGGCGCGCGCGGCGUACAAAGUGGCUGAGCAGAUACUCAAGAUCCUAAACGCCCACGAUGCCGACCAUGACAACGAUGAAGAAGAUUCCGACCUCGUGUUUGAGGCAACACAGAGUCUCCAUGUCGCCAUCGACGCAUGGCGGGCCGAUCUCGAUGUCUACAGGCCGGAGACGGCGCGCGGCAAGUUUUUAAGGGCACUUUUGUUGAAGAAAGAGUUUGCGAUAGAGGACGCACGAAACGAGAGGAACCAGGCAAAAGCUCAGCGUUACCAGCAGGAAAUGUCGGAGAUCGAAACGGCAGCUGCAGAGCCCCAGACCGCACCGCCGGAGUCCCAGACCGCAACGCCGAGGUCAUAUCUUGGGAUUGUGGAUGGCUCCGAUCUGCGGGAUGCCCAACGUCUGCGAAAAGAACUCACGUGGGGCGACGAAAGAGAAGCGUCAUCGCUGACGAUGGAGGAUUUUGACAAGCUCGUUGAUUUUUGGUCGCGAUGA